GCCACACCCAUUCGUCCACGGCGGCGGCCGGUGCCAGCUCAGCAGCCUCCACCGUCCGUACUCAAUCUUCAAACCACUUCCCGCCAUGAAUCUCGUUAACCACACCUCCGUUUCUCUUCGCUUCUCCACUGGAUUACUCCCUCGCCGGCGCUCUCUCCCUCUCGGCCGACGAGUCUUACUCUCAAGGUCGAGCAGUCUUUCCUUCCCGGCUCACGAGGUCAAGCACCGCCGGGAGCUGGAAGCUGCCAUAGGGAUUGUGGAGCGCGCUUGUCGCAUCUGCGUUGACGUGCAGAGUUCCGUGCGCUCUAGUGAAGCAGCGUCCGUGGAGAAGACCGACAGUACUCCAGUCACCAUCGCAGACUUCGGCGUUCAAGCUUUUGUCAGUUUUGAGCUAGCUCAAGCUUUCCCUGCUAUUCCCUUAGUUGCUGAAGAGGAUUCUGGGUUCUUGAGGGCAAAUAACCUUGUGGAUUCUGUGGUCGGUGUGGUUGCUGAUAAAUCAAGUUCAGACAAGCCAUUGACUCGAGCUCAAGUCCUGGAGGCAAUUGAUAGAGGGGGAAAGAAUGCCAUUGUUUACGAGAAUAAGCCAGCCACUUACUGGAUCCUCGAUCCAAUUGAUGGUACCAAGGGUUUUCGCAAAGGAAGUGGAGCCUUAUAUGUGGUGGGUUUGGCACUUGUGGUUGAAGGGGAGAUUGUAUUAGGUGUUAUGGGCUGCCCCAACUGGGACGAUUCUGAAUCCUUCCAAUCCAUUACAGGGGUCAGCAAUGGACUAAGUAGAGUAGGGAUUGUAAUGGCUGCUCAUAUUGGUUGUGGGACCUGGAGAAGGAGGUUUCAAGAUGGCCUCCAGAGUGAAUCAGCUGAACCAUCUGAUCACGUUUGGAGUAGAUGCUUGGUUGACAAGUGUCUGUUAGCAUCCCAAGCACGAUUUUGCAUUACAGAUAGUGCGACUUGGGAAUCAUUGCCUUUGUCGCCUUUCUUUAGUACAACAACUGAUGCUGUUGACAAUGGUAGUGGAAGGAGUGUGGUUCUCUUGAAGGCUUGCUGUGGCAGUUUAUCUAGGUAUAUUAUGGUGGCUUUAGGAAUCGCAUCUGUCUUCAUUCUACUAGCGAAACCACGGAUAUCAACCAAGGUGUGGGAUCAUGCAGUUGGGUUGAUAUGCGUUCAUGAAGCUGGGGGCAAGGUGACUGAUUGGGCAGGGGCUGAACUUAACCUUGCAGAGGAUGGUGUGGAGCGAAGGAUCCUAUAUCCUGCAGUUGGAGUUCUUGCAACCAGUGGCAAGAUCCACAACCAGAUCGUGGAGAUGAUUUCUAUUUUGGCGGUGGUGUAG